AAACUCGCAUCCUGGCCGCGCCGAUAUUUUCGUCUGAUAAAAUUUAUAAAAACCGCAAUGACAGUGUGCUGGUUCUUUAUGCUUUCCUGGCUCCUCUCGCGCUUCUGGGACACGCCCCCGCCAGCUGGCGUUCGUGUGGUCCCGUGCACUGGCAUGGACGCCGAGAUGGCCGAUAUGAUACUCACGACGAUCCUCGUCGUAGAUGCUCGGUUGGACCCCAAGAAGCUCGAAAACUCGGUUUCUCUGCUAGUCGAGAAGAAAUUUCCGCGGGCGGGGGCGAGACUAGCGCGUCGAAAUGAGAAAUACGAGUUUCAGAUACCGCAAGAUUUUAGCCCAAGUACGCCCGCGGUCUCGUUCACCUGUAGCGACUAUUCAGAGCCAUACGACUCACCCUCUCGCCCAUCGCUCGCCACACUUCGCGUCUCCAAACCGACAGCGCCAUUUGUGUGUCAAGCACCGGCGCUUUGGCAGUUUUCGCGCGGAAAGACGUGCCCAAAUACGGUGCAGGAUCUCCUCAAGCCCAACACUCCGCUCGUACACAUCCAUGUGACGACUUUCAACGACAUCACGUUCGUUGGCGUCACGUCCACCCACGCGAUGUUUGACGCGAUGGGUACCAAGAUUUUCCUCCACGCCUGGACUCGGGUGCUCUCGGGCGAGCCGCUGGACGAUAUUCCUGGCAUGCCCUGGGACGUUGCACCAUUCUCCAGCUUUGCGUCCCAAACUUUCCCAAAGGGAUGGGUGCAACGCGGACUGUUUAAACUGGGCUUUAUUUCGCGAUGGCUGUGGUCUUUCCGAUUCAAGCGCCGUCUUCGCCUCGAUCCGUUUCUGGUGGGGAUGGCCAUAUGUAUGCCCAAGGCAUUUCUCGAAAGACACAAGCAAGAUGUCAUGGCCGAGCUGCAGGAUGCGGGCUCAAAGGAGUGGGUUUCGAGCUCGGACGUCUUGCUAGCGUGGCUCGUCAAACUGUGCUACAGCUAUCGACAAGACACUACAGUCGUCCAUAUGAACAUCCCGAGCAACCUACGCGAGCGGCGCGUGUUCCCUACCGCCUCAGGUACCAUUGAAACGCCCUACAUCCACAACGCUGUAAUGCCCAUCGCGCUGCCGCCCUUCAACGCAAACACUGUCGCCGUCACGCCUCUCCGCGACAUCGCCCUAGGAUUCCGCCGCACGAUCCUCGCGUUUGAUGCCAACAUCGAUGCCAUCAAGAACGAUCUGCGGUGGCGCUGCUCGGAUCCGACCGCGUACGCCUACCCGUGUCCACCCGGCGCCGAGUACUCCCUCCAGACAAACUGGCGCUCCGCAAAUUACACCGAGCUGGACUUCUCUGGCGCAGUAUCCGGCAAUCUCUGUCAAGAAAACUUGAAGCCCCGGGUGUUGGCCGCGAAUGGUGCGAUGAGAACAGAGAGAAUGCGUGACGGCGGUGCAAUAAUGUAUGAGAGCGAAGACUGCAUAUGGAUCGCCCAGCUGAAGGGGGCGAAGCAAUGGGCAGCGAUAAAGGCCACUGGAUCAGUUGAGUUCAAAUCGUAG